CAGUUCCUCGGCACGCUGGCACGCGCCAGCCGCGUGGCCGAGAGCACGGCCGCGCAGGAGAUGGCGGCGUACGAGGCCGAACUGCUCGCCAUCGGUGCGUGUCCCCUUGCCCUUCUCUUUGCUGCGGCAGCGCUGACGCGCGCGUCCCCGUCGUGCAGAGGAGGAAGAGCGGGCCAACGAGGUGCGGAUAGAGGAGCUCAAGCAGGAGCUGCAGGAGGCAAAGAAGGACCGCGAGAACAAGCUCGUGUACGAUGCGGUGGUGAGCGAGAUGGGCAGCAUGGGCGCGCGCGACGAGACGCUUGCACAACUAGACACGCUCCGUGCCCAGAUUGCCGCGCUCGAAGCCCAAGUCGCAGCAACCUCCGAGCUCGGCACUUCCUCUCGCGUCGACUUCAGCGCCCUCAUCUCCUCGCUCUCCACGAUCUCCGAUUCGCUCGGCGCCAACUGCGCAGCAGAGGCAGAGGAGGAAGAGUCCGAGCCCGACUCUGCGUCCGAAGCUGGCGAAGAGGAGGAGGAGGAACGGGAGAGUGCGUCGGGCAGCAACGCCAAGGGCGGGGCUUCCGCUGCGGCUUCUUCGUCUGGACGCAGAGCGGAUCGAGAGCGGGAACGGGAACGGACGGAGAGACAUCUGGACCCCAAGGCUCCUUCUUUCCGUCCAAGUCUCUCACGCACCGCCUCUACGCGUCUCGAUGGCGCCGCCACGCCCACUGCCUCGUCUCAGGCAGCCGCAAGCGCAGCGACAGGCGCGACCUCGGCAGGCGAGAAGCGCAAGCGUGCAGGCCCGCCGGAACGCGCGGCGGGCGUGGCGGCGGCGAUUGCGGCGGUGAGGGGACGCACUGCGCCUGGCGCUGCAAGAGAACGAGGCGCAAGGGGCAAGCGAGGGAGAGAGAGCUCGGCGGAGGAAGGCGAGGCGGCCGAGGAGGGGGAAAUGUGAUUUCUGUGCAUGAGCUUCGCGCCGCUGCAUCGAGCCUGGCUUCCGUCGUUCCCUGUCGCUCGAGGCGUCGUCGUGCUGGCAGGCGUGGCUCCAGGCAGCGCUCCACGCAUGUCGCAAACGCAGAGAAGGCUCGGCUGCGCUGGGAGAAAGGAGCGGCUCUGCUUCAGGGGCAGCAGCCGACCACGCACAUGGCCGGCGUACGCCGCACGCAGCAAGGUCCCGCUCUCGAUGGCGCAGCGCUUCCCCCUCCUCCACGGCCCCCUCGAACAUCGCUCUAUGGCGCUGAGAGCGCUGGCAGGUCACGAGCGCCCGGCUGCUUGUUCAUCGAGAUGUUUGGCAUUGCGAGAGGGCAGGCGAAGAGAUGCACAAAGAAGCGAGAAGAUGAAGGAGGAGGAAGGAGAUGUAGGCAACAC